AUGGGAGAAUUAUCCCCUUUCGGAACACUAGACGACUCAAACGCCGUACAGCUCACAGGAAAGAUCAUGAUGAUCGCCGUUCUGGUUCUCUUCUUAGUAGUUGUCUUCGUACUCUGCCUUCAUCUCUACGCCAAAUGGUACUGGUGGCGCGAAGAUGACGACACCUCCGCUAACCGCCAAUCUCGCCGCCGCCGCCGCCGCUUUGUUUUCGCCCCCGGCCAGGACACAGUUGCCACCGUGAGAAAAGGGCUCGACCCUCUGGUCCUCAAGUCCCUGCCAGUGCUGGUGUUUCCUUCAGAGGACUUCAAAGAUGGCCUUGAAUGUGCAGUUUGUCUCUCUGAGCUUGUUCAGGGCGAGAAGGCCAGGCUGCUUCCGAAAUGCAGCCAUGGCUUCCAUGUUGACUGCAUUGACAUGUGGUUUCAGUCUCACUCCACGUGUCCAAUCUGUCGUAACCCUGUUGCUCCUGAGAGCUCUGCUGAUUCUGGUGCUGCUGGUUCUUCAUCUGCAUUGGCAGAGAGUGAUAGUGUUCAAAUUCUAUCACCAGCUGAGAGUUUGGCAUCUGGGUUUUCAAUAGAGGCUCCAAAUUUCCCAACAAAUGUGUUGUUUUGGGGGAACCAGACCCAGGUGAGCUCUGGACCUGGUUCUGGUUUAGAAGAAGGCCCUUCAUCACCACCCAUGUGCCCAUCUUCUUCAUCUUCACCUUCAUCUUCACCUUCAUCUUCAUCUGCUAUUAGUAGGCCCGAUGGGAUGUUGGUGAUUGAUAUACCAAGUCAAACCUCAUUGCCAUCACCUUCGCCUUCCCCUUCGCCUUCCGGCAAUAGGUUCGCCGCCGAUGAGGACUUGAAGUCUCCGGCUACGACGAGGUUGAGGUCACUCAAGAGGCUGUUGAGCAGAGAUAGGAGGAUAAGUCCCUGCAGUCCUAGUUCUGUUGAUGUUGAACAAGGAGGAGGGAGAGGACAGAGUUAG